AUGUCGGGCGUCGAAGUCAUCACUACUGUUCAGCUUAUCGAUGCCUGCGUUGGCAUUACAAGGACCAUAAUCGAGAUAGGACAAGCCGCCCGGGACGCCAAAGGAUUACCUGACAGGCUGAAAGAGCUUUUCGAGAGACUUCCAGCAAUCGAGAGUCUUCUCAAACUGGCGCGCGAGAACCACGACAAGGUACCCAGCGGAGACAGAGAGAGUGUCGAGCCUACGUUACGGCAGUGCAAGACUUCCCUUGAGGAGUUGAAAGCGCUGUUUUGGAAGGCCUGCCCUGAAGACCGCGAACACUAUAGCAAAAGAAUUUGGCGAGGCACGAAGACCGUCUUUUCGGGCAGGGAGAGCCAACUCCUGCGGCUGCUCGACACAAUCUUGGGAAAUCUAAAACUACUCGAGCAGAUGAAGGUCUACGAGAUUGACGACCGGCUGGACUCACUAUUGGAGACCGUUCAACUUUUGGCACAGGACGAAAGUCCCAGAGCGCACAACACCCACCAUGGCUCGGGAAAUCAAAACAUCCACCAAGGGUCUGGGCACAUGUACUUCCAGGGAGGCGGAGUUGGCGGUACUUUUCAUCAACAUUUCGCUGCGCCACUGACUAAAACGGAGGAUCUGUGUCUCCAAUCAUUGGCCUUCCCGGACAUGGAAACUCGAGGUGACAUCGACCCGGCUGCUGAUCAAACAUGCGAAUGGAUAUUACAGCACGCGAAGUACCUGGAUUGGAACAGACAAGGAGGCCUUUUAUGGAUCAAGGGUAGGCCAGGCACUGGUAAAUCUACGCUUAUGGAGUACCUCCGAAAGACGGACCUCCAGAACUCUAACAACAUCGGCGAAAGUGAAACCCUCGUCCUUUCAUUCUUCUUUCACCGCCGAGGCCACGAGCUACAGAAGACUCCUCUUGGGCUUUUCCGUUCCCUGCUACAUCAGAUUCUCCGAUGUGAUCAGAAGAUUAUGUCUCUUUUUGUGAAAGACACCCGCUUCGAAGCGCGGUACCGGACUGAGGGUGAACCUGGCAAAAGCGACCAAUGGGACUGGACGACACCAGACCUUCAAUCACUCUUCUCCGACUGUGUUCUCCGCGUUACAAAAGCCAAACCCAUUCGGCUGUACAUCGAUGCACUGGACGAGAGCGGCGAGAACGUGGCAAUAGUGCUUAUGGACUACCUCAAAUCGCUCCAGACACGAGCCGAACACCGUCUGAAAAUUUGUGUUUCUUGCCGGCCCUGGCCAGAUGUCAUCUAUGGCUGGCAGUACUGCAUUGACGUUGUCGAAGAAAAUGCGCAAGACAUAAAGCAUCUGCUUCGUGCAAAGCUAAGGAACUGGUUGGUCGAUGCUGUGGAGAUCGAAAACGAAGUCGCUAGCAGAUCUUCAGGCGUCUUCCAAUGGACAGUUGUUGUUGUAGAACGAGUUCUAUCGCUACGUAAAGCAGAUACUGCGACUAUACUACUCCAUAUCACAGAGGCGCCCGGGAAUCUCGACGACAUUUAUCAUGGGAUGAUCAGCAAGCUGGUGGAAGAUGACAGAGAAGCCGCGUCACGAUUGUUUCGAUGGUUGAGCUUCGCAAAAAGGCCGCUUUCACUUACAGAGAUUCGGCAUGCAGUGGCUGUAGAAGCGAACACAGAAGUAUGUCUUUUCAAGGACUACGCCUCCUCUUUGCACUGGUGCGAUAGCGAUGACAAGAUGCGAGAAAGGCUGAGACGUCUGUCCUUUGGUCUAAUCAAGAUUCUUGAGACCCAUGAUGGUGAAACGACUGUCCAGUUUGACCACGAGUCCGUUCAGGAUUAUAUGUUAAAUCGUGGUGUCUCAUUCCUCGAACACAUAAGGUCCGUCGAUUCAGCUGAGGAGUUGCGCGGAAGGUCUGAAUUGAUCUUGUCCCGUGUGUGCUUUCAUUACUUGGCGCGGUUGGAGGCCUUGCAGGAUGAUCGUGUGAUCCACGGGUAUGCCACAGAUUCUUACAUCUCCAACAAGUAUCCCUUCGCUCUAUACGCAGUUACCUACUGCUGGAUCCAUGCAUCGGACGCUGAAAUUUCAGGCCACUCCGCCAAGUACAUCCUCGAGCUCGCACAAUGGCCCGACAACAAGAUAGCUUACAUGAGACGCAUGCCAGUUCCGGACACGUACUCUGGUCGCCCUCUCACUGAGGGAGCGAUUGCCGUGCAACACUAUGCAGCCUGUCACGGAAUUUCCAGUAUUAUCGAACACCUGACUAGCAAGUUGUCGAAACGUAAACGCUUCAUGAGACUUUUACGAAAGCAAGCCGACAAUAUCGAUGCAAAGGAUCGAAUAGGCCGCACCCCUCUCUGGUAUGCUGCUUGCCAAGGCCACGUGUCCAUCGUAGAGUCGUUACUAAACACGCGUCGAGUCGAUGUCAAUGCAAGAGAUCGCGAUGGAACGUCGCCUAUAUGCAUUGCAGCAAGACAAGGCCGAUACAAUGUCGUGUCAAUACUCUGUGGGAACACGAAAAUCGAGGUCGACAUCAAGAACGACGGUGGAUUCACACCAUUUGCCGCUGCCGCAUCCCAGGGCCAUGAGAACAUAGUCAGGUUGCUUCUUCAAAACAAGGAGAUUGAUGUCGAGGCUAAGGACCGUAUAGGAUCGACCCCAUUGGCGAAUGCAGUACGUUGCGGCCACGAAGGUAUAGUCCAGCUGCUUCUAAGGCACGAGGGUGUUGAUCCUGAGUCUCGUGAUAUGUUCGACGAAACUCCCUUAAGCUUGGCAGCAAGCGGCAACCAUGUGAGCGUGGUACAAAUGCUUUUGAGGAAUAAGAGGGUCAGUCCUCGGUCUGCAAAUGCUUUACGCCAGACACCGCUCUUAUGUGCAGCUUAUUCUGGGAGUGUGGGAGUGGUGAGGCAGCUGUUGAAGCAUGAGAAAGUGGACUUCAAUGCUAGAGAUAUUUUCGACUUGACGCCACUGAUGGUGGCAGCAGCUGAAGGCCACCUGGAUGUGGUGGAGUUGCUACUAGAGAACGACCUUGUUGAUGUCAAUGCUACUCUGCCAGGAUCGACUCGCAGCACAGGUCUUUGGCAAGCGGCGAGCAGAGGCCAAGACGAAAUCGUCAAGGCCAUCCUGCGCACGGGAAAGGCGGACACGAACGUGAAGGGUUUGAUAGAGGGUGAUCGAAUCACAACCCCUCUAGAGAUAGCAGAGGUCAAAGGGCAUCAGCAGGUCGUGGACAUUCUCCGUGAGUAUGAGAAAGAGCAAGGCUGA